AUGGGUACCUUGCGCGACCUCCAAUACGCGCUGCAGGAGAAGAUUGAGGAGCUGCGGCAACGGGACGCGCUCAUUGACGAGCUAGAACUGGAGCUUGACCAGAAAGACGAGCUAAUACAAAAACUACAGAACGAGCUGGAUAAAUACCGGUCCGUUAUCAAACCGGCAACCCAACAGGUCGUCAAACAAACUGAGCUGCACGAGCACCAGCGGACUAAGAGAAAGGCGAUUUCUGCGGAACCCACCGCCAUCGACAUCCAGGAUCUUAGCCAUGUCAGGCUGCCUUUCUAUCCCAAAAGUCCACAGUCCAAAGACCUGAUCAAGGAGGCCAUCUUGGACAAUGACUUUAUGAAGAACCUGGAGCUGUCUCAGAUCCAGGAGAUCGUGGACUGCAUGUACCCUGUGGAGUAUGGCAAAGACAGCUGCAUCAUCAAGGAGGGCGAUGUGGGCUCACUGGUCUACGUCAUGGAAGAUGGUAGGGUGGAGGUGACAAAGGAGAGUGUGAAGCUGUGCACAAUGGGACCUGGGAAGGUGUUCGGAGAGCUGGCCAUCCUCUACAACUGUACUAGGACAGCAACCAUCAAGACUCUCACCAAUGUGAAGUUAUGGGCCAUCGACCGACAAUGCUUUCAGACUAUUAUGAUGAGGACGGGCCUAAUCAAGCACACUGAAUACAUGGAGUUUUUAAAAAGCGUUCCGACGUUUCAUGAACUUCCGGAGGAGAUUCUAAGCAAGCUCGCUGAUGUCCUUGAAGAGACACACUAUGAGGAUGGAGAGUACAUCAUAAGACAGGGAGCCACAGGAGACACCUUCUUUAUCAUCAGUAAGGGAAUGGUGAAUAUGACCAGGGAAGACAAGUCCAACGGGGAUCCUGUCUACCUCCGCAGCAUGGGGAAAGGAGACUGGUUUGGAGAGAAGGCCCUGCAGGGGGAAGACAUCAGGACAGCAAACGUCAUCGCUGCAGAGACCGUUACAUGUCUGGUCAUUGACAGAGACUCGUUCAAGCACCUGAUUGGAGGGUUGGAGGAGGUGUCCAGUAAAGGCUGUGAGGAUGCUGAGGUCAAGGCUAGGUACGAAGCAGAGAAUUCUUUCUUCUCCAAACUCAGCCUGGUUGACUUCAACAUCAUCGACACACUGGGGGUUGGUGGCUUUGGCCGUGUAGAGCUGGUUCAGCUGAAAAGUGAUCUGGUGAAGACGUUUGCCAUGAAGAUCCUGAAGAAGCGUCACAUUGUGGACACGCGACAGCAAGAGCAUAUCCGCUCUGAGAAACUCAUCAUGCAGGAGGCCCACUCUGACUUCAUUGUCAGACUGUACAGGACGUUUAAGGACAGUAAGUACCUCUACAUGCUGAUGGAGGCUUGCCUGGGAGGAGAGCUGUGGACCAUUCUUAGAGACCGGGGUUCGUUUGAGGAUUCAACCACCAGGUUCUACACAGCGUGUGUGGUGGAAGCAUUCGCCUACCUACAUUCCAAAGGCAUCAUCUACAGAGACCUUAAACCAGAGAACCUUAUACUGGACCACAGGGGCUAUGCCAAGCUAGUGGACUUUGGCUUUGCCAAGAAGAUCGGGUUUGGGAAGAAAACGUGGACGUUCUGUGGAACACCAGAAUACGUGGCACCAGAGAUCAUUCUGAACAAAGGCCACGACAUCACAGCUGACUACUGGUCUCUAGGAAUCCUCAUGUUUGAGCUCCUCACCGGCAGCCCUCCCUUCUCUGGCCCUGAUCCCAUGAAGACAUAUAACAUCAUCCUGAGGGGCAUUGACAUGAUCGAAUUUCCAAAGAAGAUCACCAAAAACGCUGCCAACUUAAUAAAAAAACUAUGCAGGGACAAUCCUUCGGAAAGACUAGGAAACUUGAAAAACGGUGUCAAAGACAUCCAAAAGCACAAAUGGUUUGAGGGCUUUAACUGGGAAGGUCUAAGGAAAGGAACGCUGACACCCCCUAUCAUCCCUAAUGUGAUAUCACCAAUGGACACGAGUAACUUUGACAACUUCCCAGAGGAUAAGGAAGACCCGCCCCCAGAUGACAAUUCUGGCUGGGACAACGAUUUUUAAAAUGUCACCCCCACCCCCAAAACCAAAUUAGCUUAUGUCAUUGGCCUGGAGGCCUACUUCAGGAUAUAGCUGAAUUCUAAAGACUGCGAUACAGAGGAAGUGGAGAGGGGAGGAGAGGAAGAGGACAAAAAAAUGCUCUGGGUCAGCAAUAUGUCUUCGCUACACGUGGCUCUGGGACUAGCAUGUAAUGACCAUAGUACUUCCUCAGGGUUCUCACACAUAUGCACAUGCAAGCAAAUACACAAGCAAGCACGCACACACACACACACACACACACACACACACACACACACACACACAC